AUGGUGGUCCUGCUGGCGCCAAACGGCAGAGCCCUCUCGAUUAAGCGCGCCCGCAAUGCCAGAUAUCCCAAGUUGGCUGUGUUCGAACCUCGAGGCGGACAAGAGAACCGUCGACUUUCCUGCUCGUAUUCUUUGUCCUUCCCAGGCAGAGUGCUGCCGCAUUCGCACCAUCCCUCCGCAGAAGGGUCUGAUGACACCAAGAUCUGCGUUGUCAUGGUCGGCCUCCCGGCCAGAGGCAAGAGUCUCAUAGCAGGGAAAGAUCCUAACAAGCGAGGGACAGCUAUGCGCUAUCUGGCAUGGGUCGGCAUCUCCGCUCAGAUCUUCAAUGUAGGCUCGUAUCGCCGAAAAAUCUCGCCGCAUCCAGUCGCUGAGUUUUUCGAUCCGUCUAAUCCUGAAGGGGAGAGGAUGAGACGAGCAGCUGCUGAAGCGGCCAUGAACGACAUGCUCAAGUGGUUCCGGGAGGGACGUGGUGUGGUCGCCAUCCUAGACGCGACCAACUCCACCAAGGCCAGAAGAGCCUGGAUCCACAAGUGUUGUGCAGAAGAAGGCAUCGAAACCCUAUUCGUGGAAUCGUGCUGCGACGACGAGGAGAUCAUCAUGAACAAUAUUAAAGAGGUCAAGACGACAUCACCAGAUUACCAAGGACAGGACCCCGAGGUUGCCGCCCAAGAUUUUCGUAACCGUAUCCGCAAUUACGAAAAGGUGUAUGAAACCAUUGACGAAGAUGAGAAACAUUACACCUACGUCAAGCUGAUCAAUGUUGGUUCGACGGUCAUCAUCAACAACAUCAAAGAUUACCUGUCGAGCCGACUAGUCUAUUACAUCCAGAAUCUUCACAUCAAACCUCGCUCCAUUUGGCUGUCUCGGCACGGAGAAUCCGAGUAUAAUCUCGAAGGCAAGAUUGGCGGUGACUCGGACAUCUCCUCUCGCGGUGAGGCCUAUGCCAGGGCCCUUCCAGGGCUUCUAAGACAGUCCGGCGUUCCACCUGGUGCCAAAUUGACAAUUUGGACCUCAACCCUGAAGCGGACGAUUCAGACGGCUCGCUAUCUUGCAGCCGAGAUGGGUUACGAGAAGCUCGAGUGGAAAGCGCUGGAUGAGCUCGACUCUGGGGUCUGCGAUGGCUUGACAUACGAGCAAAUUGCGGAAAGGUAUCCCGAAGACUUUGCGGCCCGAGACGAAGACAAAUACAACUACCGCUAUCGCGGUGGUGAGUCGUACCGAGAUGUCGUCAUCCGCCUCGAGCCCAUCAUCAUGGAGCUCGAGCGCAGCGAGAACGUGAUCAUCGUCACCCAUCAGGCGGUUUUGCGGUGCAUCUAUGCGUAUUUCCACAAUAUGUCCCAGGAACAGAGUCCGUGGAUGGAAGUUCCCCUUCAUACGCUGAUCAAGUUGACUCCCCGCGCAUACGGCACGGAGGAACAACGCUUCAAAGCCAACAUCCCGGCAGUUUCUACUUGGCGUAGCAAAGGGAGCUCCGCGAAACAUCAAGCACCUGCCGAAUCAAAAGCUUGA